UAGGGCCCAAUGUUGAUAAAAAAAAGGUUUGUCAGAAUGCAAAUUCGAGAAGCUUCACUCAUAAUCACUAAAGCACUGCCUUUUAGCUGUUUCACACACAGGGAAGUAGAGGCAAACAAGUAGCAGAGGAUCUCAAAAGUGAAUAAUGUCGAAGCUAUUUGGAGGAAAAAACCCUUUUGAUGAUCCAUUUUUCACUGAACCAUUUGGCGUUUGGAACGACCCGUGUGAUGGACAACAAGGCGCUCGGAAGCAAAUCACCAUUGAAGAGCUAAAUCCUCAAGGUGAUGGUGAUGGUGGUCAGGCUCAAGAAAACUCUGAACCAAGAAAAGACUUGGUUGUUAACAACAAGAAACCUAGUAAAAAAGCCAAUGGGAGCCACAGAUUCAGCUACCGUAGAGUUGCUUAUGGUGGUUUAAAUGGAAUGUACUAUACUUGCUCUGAAGGUAGAAUGACUGGUCCUGAUGGGGUGGUUCUAGCAGAGAUGAAAGAAGACGAUAAGACGAUCGGGGAGUCCCUGCACACAAUCUCCAAAGGGAUUCACAACAAGGGUCAUUCUGUUACAACAAAGCAUAGUUCAGGUGGGCGAGAGGACACACUGCACACUUUGCACAAUCUCAAUGAAGACGAGCUUGGCGACUUUGAACAAAACUUUAAAGCUAAUGCUGAUAAGUAUUUGCCUGGAUGGGAUAAAGGUUUCAGCUUGCUGGAGAAUCAAGGGUCGAUUAGCAGCUUGUGGGAUGAGUUUGCAAAUUGGAGGGGCUUGGGUGGUUGGGAACAUCCAGCCCUGGAGUACUACGGCAAUGCAGGACCGGUGGAGCAAGUCGGUGAAUCAGGGGAAGAUUCUUCUAGGAGAGCCAGAAGAAGCGUCCCAGUGGAGUAGAGGGAAGGCUUCCUUUGAUGAUGAAAUUAGUGGUACCACUUAUAUACUACCAGUGUAGCUACCUGCAUGUUUUGACCUCUUCUAUUGUCAGUGCUUAGUGUCUCUUGUUGGUUGUUGGUUCGCGUUGAGCAUGUUUCAGUGAGAUUAUGUGUUAAAGACUGGAUAUGAUAAGAAGUCGAUGGUAUUAAGGCUCUCUUCCAGCGACACUAUAACAAAAAUAAUUUUUAGCGGCAAUAAAUAUACAUAUUAAUAAAGAAUGCUAGUCUUUAGCAGCAUUAAUUAA